ACAAAAUAACAAAUUUAUAUGUAGAAAUCAUAACCCAACAGCUUUGGCUAAGCCAACAUAACAAAUGAGAGGUGAUAAAUGUAUUCUGUAGCACAUUCCUGGGCGACUCUUUCUUGCUGUUGAAUGUACCUAGACGAAAAUAAAGCGCUCGGGAAAAGCGCGAGCAAUGUGAAGUUAUUAGAUAUUUCAAUAUCCACGCGUAGAUUUUGGACCCGCUUCUUACUAUUACCUCUGAAAGCUCACGACAUUGAAAAAUAACAAUUAAAAAAUGCGAAAUACCGCGAAAAUAAAUGGAAAUACCGUGAAAUAAAUGGAAUAAAUGAACACGACAGCAUUCAGAGAGCCCUGUCUGCUUCUCAUACUUCCUGGAAACUGCAGCUUUAUGUUACCGUAAUGUUUACCGGGAAGCGCUGGUGGCGAACGCUAUGUACGAAGGCGAGCUUUCUGGUAGAAACGCGGCCUGUUGUCAGGACCGAUCCUGGAAGUUGCGCACAGCCGCGCAAAAAACACACACAAAAAAAAGAACGAAACAAAGAAGUAAAAAAAGAAAAAAAAUACAUGAUUUGCAGGUUUCUGUUAUUGUUUCGCACUUGUAAUAUUUCAGUAUGAGAAAAUUUAACAUAAAAGGCAUGCGCUGACAAUGUUUUGUUUCGUGACAUUGGUUUGUGGCUGUCCUCAAAGUUCUGAGGACUAACUCUGACAAGAAUGGAAGACAAGGUAAGAGCAACUUUGGCGAUAGAAUGGUGUGGCAAUGUAACCCGCAUAUAUCACAUGUCAUAUAGCAAGGCGUGGCAUAUACAUAUACCUAAAAAUAUGCGAAAAUGUUCGAUGGCGGACAGCUCCGUCGACGCCGGAGCAGACACCAGAUUUCUUGCGACACGGGGCCCUUAAAUCUAUUGCCUUAAAAAGUGAAGUCUGCUUUACGAAACUUACGAAGCAUGUCGAGGGAAAAAAUAGGCAUGCUUUACUGAAAAUCAAACAAAAAAAAUAAGAAAAAUAUUAUAAUAGUAAAUAGAGACAAUUCACAUGCAAACUUUCGGAUACAAAAGGACCAACGACGUUGUUUUUAUGGUUGCUGUUGUAGCCUCAAAACACGGCACAAGAAUGUUGUUGUUGUUAUUGUUGUCCUGAGUGGCCGUGGCACAUGUCCACAGUGGGGGAUUGGCCAAGAAUGUUUCAAGCAGCCAAAACUCUUCAUCAGAGCGUUGUCUUUCUCGAAGCAUGAAUAUGAGGGCGCGAGCAGAUCAGAACGAGCAGUCGGGCACCGGCAGGGCGCAGCCAGCAGCUUGCGAGGGCGCGGUCAUCGGUGCUGCCCAUCGUUGGUGCGGCUCUUCAAAAUUGGCCAGCGCGGUUCUGCGUCUUCGAAAGACCGUGGGGCCUCCUAAAUCGAGCAAACGGCUGCACGCCACCAGGCUGUGCCUGAAAAGACAGACAUUUUCCCCACCCGAGGAAAGGCCGUGCACCCAUCGUCGCCAUGUCGUGGGCCCAAAUCAGCGCAUCCAUGCAGGCUAGCGCUUCGGAGGACGACGUGGGAGCACGCAGAACUAGGCAGAACAGUGAGAAGAAGCCGAUCAUCAUGAUCGCCUCGCCACACCCCACCGUCAUCACGGGCGACUUCGACCCAAGCAGCCAGGUUCAAAUGGGUGCUUCCAUGAUAUGGCCGCCGCCUGGAAGCCCUGCCCAAGGCACGUCGUCCGCCACUAUGUUUGUCUCUGGCACAGCUGCGUCGCCAACGUCCAUACCGGUGCAACAGACGUCCUCUGGAAACCUGAUCUUGGCCACCGAAGUUCAGAUGACGUCCCCUAGCGCCACGCUACUACAGAGCAUUCCAGCAGGAUCGAAAAUCUGUGGAUCUAUAUCGGGCAGUCCUGCUCCGCGGAGUCCUUCGGGAACGUCCAACCAGGGCAGCGGCUUCGCGUUACUGCAGGCGGAGAUGCGAAGCGAUGAUUCUGGGUCAAGGAGCAGUGGGAGUCUGACCACCAUGGCAUUCGUAGACGUUGACGAGGCCCAAAAGCAGGCGAGAAAGAAGCCCAGGAGGCGAGCCAGCAAGAACAAGCUCAUGCGGAGGCGCAGUAAGCGAGAAGACGCUCUGACUAGAGCCUUCGUGGAAGCACUUUCGAUAACUCGCUCGCCCGCCUCAACACCCUCUACGGGCUCGCUCGCAGGCUCUUCGUCCAUGAGCAGCGGAAGUAUGACCCGCUUGGACAAGCUCAUGGGCACUGCGGCGAGCAAGAGACCCAGCAGGAAGCAGGUUAGGAGGCAGGUCAGGAGGCGAAGGAGCGCGCGUUCACCCAAGCGGAGGGCAAGCAACACGGACGCUGCCUUUGCCCAGGCACUCGUAGCCACGCUCUCUGGUGGAACGUCUUCGCCAGGCGGUGGCCUUGGUGAAAGGUCCUCAAUGAGCGCGCUCAUCACAACCACCCCGGCGGGGGCGGCUUCGCCGCGAAACCAGGCGCAGCAGGCAGCUGGACAGAUGAACUUCGUGCUCAACCUUCCGAACAGGCAGGAGCCUGCAGUCAACACACUCACGCUGACAAUCGUCCAGGAUCCGAACACUCCCGCACAAACCGGCAGAUGGCGAUGAUCGUGGCUGCGAAAUUUGUCGGUUCUUUAGACUGGGUUGGGGCUAACGAGAAGGACGCUUCCUUGUUUAAUAGCCCGUCAGUGGAUGACGGUGCAUUAAAAUAGCACCGUUUUUCUUCAAGUUUAUAA